AUGUCGAGCACAACUAGUAAACUGAGUCAACUUGAACUGACAGCGGCACAAGCCCGUGCUGAUGCAGCGAUGGAAGCUGCACGGACAGCUUUUGCAAAGAAAAAGGCAGAAGCAAAAAUAGAGGCGUUAAAAGCGCAAUUGGAAUUGGAACGCCUACAGCGAGAGGAAUCCCUGGCAGCAGCCGAGGCUAGGGCAUCAGUGCUUGACGACGAGAUUAAAAGUCAUAGUGGAACUGAGUUACGUAGCCUGCCAGCAGAAGAGCCUACAAAGAGAGUGUCUGAGUACGUAAUGGCAUUGCCUAACAGCAAUAAUAUAAUACCAACACCAAUGCCAGCAUUGGAUGUCACACCAGAAUGCUCAGUAGCUGAUUGCGGAGGAAUUAAUCCCUCACCAAUGGAGUAUGUCAAAAAGCAGAUUAAUCCAUCAUCCAAUGAAACUUGCAUUGGAUUAAGUGAGAUCGUGAAAAAUAUGAAGAAGCCAAAACAUGAAGUUAAACGAUUUUCUGGAAACCCCAUCGAUUUUCCUAAAUUUAUCAGGCAAUUCAAAAGUAGAAUAGUAUCAAAUACUGAUACUAGUGAAGAGAGAAUGACAUAUUUGGAGGCCAACAAGGUUGUUUGUGGUUUCAGUCAUCUUCCCAGUGAAAAAGCCUAUCAAGCGGCUAUGGAUCAACUUUCAGACAGAUAUGGUGACAACGAAGUCAUCGCAAGCACUUACAUAAAGAAAGCAUUAGAAUGGCCUACUAUUAGGCCAGGAGAACCAAAGGCUCUAGAUGAAUAUGCCUUUCCUAGUAGAAUGCAUGAAUGCUGCAGAGCAUGUAAAUGCAAGCAAAAUUUUGGAGUAUCCCGAACACUUGAAGAGGUUAAUGUUCAAACUACCAGUCUACCUACAUGA